AUGAGGAAUGCUCAAAUAGUCCUAUUUCUCUUGCUUCUAAGUGGUUCCUGCGCGUCUGAGGCCCCGCCUGCGGUAGACGAAGCUCUACCUCAAGCACGCGGGGAGCCUGUGCCUUCCCGCGAGCUCCACGGCUUUCACGAUUUGCUAAGCAGCAGCGAGGAAGUUAUGGAGGGUCCAUCUUUCUCGGAGGCUUCCUUAGAGCUGAGGAGGCUUUCAGCGGUGCCUCCAGCUAUUCCCCGCCGAAAGGGGUUCCCUGCCCUGCUGGGCAGCUUGGGAUUGCUGGGCCACGCGGGGUACCAAGCAUCCAUGAGCUGGAAUACCGCUGUACUCCCGGCACCCCUUAUGUCAUUGAUGAUUGACAAAGCACGCUUUGACACGCAAAACCUCGCUCUUUUCUCCCUUGCCAUUGGUCUCUUCCUACUAUACCAAGGGAUCAAGCGCAGACUGAGGAGCCACCAGCAAAGAGCACGGUGGAGGGUCGAUGAAUUACUUCGGCAAGACCGCAUACGCAUGGCCAUGCUUUCUGGUGCGAGAGGCAAAUAG